GAUAUUGUGAUGGAAUUAAUUACUGGUUUUAACUGAUGCGUUAUCAGCAUUUUAUCUUUGAGCUUAUUUCAAAUAUUUUAUAUACUGAUGUCAAGUAUAUAUCAAUAUAUCAAACAUUAUAAGAUGGUCAUAUACAGGUACAUGUAAAAUCUUAAUCUGCAAGUACCUAGUGACUAUAAUAUGUCAUUUCCCUUUCAAAUGUGGUGCAGUAGAAGUGUAAAGUGGCAGCCCAUUAAAUUAAGCUACUUCAGUGCAUGUAAAUCAGGACUGUACUUCAAGCUGCAUUCAUUGAUGUUUUUGCAUCACAACAAGCUGUAAACACAACACUGACAUAUAAUGAACUUGUUAGCAAACUGCUUUUUACAUAUCCAGCAGACAUGAUUUGUUAGCUUUGUGUAUGUUCUCCACCAACUUCUGAGGAAAACAUUUGACUGUUAAGUAGCCCCAUUGUCUAGAUCUCUUCUCUAGCUAGCUCUUUAGCUGCUAAAUGCUCCACUAUGUUCACCAGCUAGUCGCCCUGUACCAUGUACCAUUUCACUGAACAGUUGCUGACUGCUGGAAAUACCAUUGCUGCUGGAAAUGAUAUUGAUAAGACUGAUGAGACUCAACCAAAACAAUAUAAUUGGUGGCCAUUGCAUGAAAACAAUGUGCUGAAAAAUGCUAAAUCUUUCAGUGAAAAUAAGUAAUAACAACUGUAGAGUUUGGUGAAAAUAAUCUGCCUAUUGUCAGCAUAAGAGACCCCUUUCAUAUUACACAUAAUCAUUUGACCUAUUGUGAAUCUGAGAAUAUUGAUUAGAGCAGCUUAGAGAGUAGAGUACCUGAGUAAAUGUACUUUAAUGUACUUUAAGUUCCACUACUUAUCUUCCUUACUUCAGGGUCAGCCCCUAAAAUCAAGUGUGUAUCUACAAAAUAAGACUGAGGUUAAAAAAAAUCUUUUAGAAACCACACACUGAGGGCUUAUUCAACAGGAUUACUAUGAAAGUCCUUUAAACUUUCAAAUAAGUGUAAAAUUGCAAUUGUGCAGCAAUUGCACAAGAAUCUCACAAAAAUAUCUUUUCCCUACAACACUCUCUUAGUGCUUUUGAGAACACCAAGGGCAUUUUACUCAGAGAUUUAUUAUUUUCUUUUACAGGAUACAUGUCCUUGAAGUAAGACAUCUUGUUUUAUUGAGCAAGUUAUUGCAUAAUUCAGAUUUAUGUAACUCAUAUUUCAUCGGUCUGUCUCUGCCUCACUGCCCAAAUGAGAGAGGGAAAGAGUAGGUGGGCCUCAGAGAAUUCUGGGAAGACAGGAAGUCAGGGAUGAGUAGUUCCUGUGCUGACAGGACAGAGGCAUCAGGCAGCUGGUCUGUGGAAAACUGUUGGUGCUAACAGGUAUUCCUUGUGGAUAAAUCAAAGAAUUCAUCACUUCUGCAUUUUGUGUGUUGAUGUUAGACAACUGCAUUCAGACUGCAGAGACACUUGCACAUCCUGCAGGAACCAAGACCCAAGACUCAGUACCUAUCCCUGAAUAAUGGACCUCACUCUUCUUUUUCUCUUUAAAAUAGAAACAAAACUAACUGAAGCUUUAACAGUUCCAGAGAAAGCAAAGGAGAGAUUAUGCGAUGUGUGGCCUACUUUUGGAGGUCCACUCACUCCUCUAUCCCUCCUGCUCUCCUUCUCUUAUCCCAUCAACAGGUGUGUGUGUGUGACUCACAUCAUCCUAACAACUGGAUCACACACACACAAAUAAAUAUGCAGUAUAUAUGGAAGUGGUGAUACACUUUUCAGUUGUGUUUAGCCUACACAAGGGCAUCCCCUCCUCCUCUUUCAACACACACACACACACACACACACACACACACACACACAAACACAAAGAGUUAAACUAACAGGAUGCGUAAACAGCAUGCAUUCACAGGUACACACAAAAACAUUCACACACACACAACCGGGUGUUUAGAAGAGCAUGCUGUGUGUUAAACAACAGGAGUAAAGAGGAAAAAGAAAGAGAUUAAUCUCACCGAUAAGGAUGCAUACCGACAGGAAAGAUGGUUAAAACAGGAGCUCCAGGAAAAAAUAAAAAUAUUAAAAAUGACCCCCAAAACAACUCAUUUUAAUAGUAAGACAGCAAAGUCAGGUCUAGUCAGAAGCAGCAGUGAGCACGGACCGAGGUGCGAGCCGCUCCGUCUGCCACAUCGACCAGAGUUGCGCGUUCAGUCUCCACCGGAGAUCGCAGAUAUGGAGAGCAUGUUCAGACAUGCGUCAAGCCCGCAGCUGACGGACCGGAAGUACACUGAUAGACUUCCAAAUUAGUUUGUGACAGUUAAUAUUGAACCAUCAUUCAAACAGUCGACAUAGAUUACGUAAAGAACGUAUAAUAUGGGUAACAUACAUUAUAGAACAACACCAGAGUGUGAGCAAGAAAUAAAUAUAGACAGACAAGGAAAAAAUAACAUUGCAAGAGUUUUAACAUCUGAAGCAGCUGUCAUUCAAAUGAUUAGGCUAAACCCUAUGACUAAUGCUAAUUAAUUAAAUGUAGUUCUCAUUUGUAAUAUGUAUUAGGAUUAAAAAUAAAUGAUAGUAUAUAUAUGAAUAUAUGAACUACAGAAACAUAAUGUACUGUGGGAAAACUCAAAUACUUGGAUACUAUCAAUACUGAAAGAUAACCAGAUGUGGAUGUCAAAGCAUUACAAAAAAAAAAAAAAAAAAAGAAAUAAAAAUAAAUAGAACUCUAGGGGCAGUUGGCAACAAUGACAACCUAUUAGUAAGGUUGAGUUGUGUUUUUGUGUUUAUUUGCUUUUGGCUGUUUGUUUGUGCAUGUGUUUGUUUUUCUUUUACAUUUGAGGAAUCUUGUGAGUGAGCCUAGCCUCAUAACUAAAAAUAAUAAUAAAAAAUAAGUGGAACAAAUUCAAAGGGGGAUGAUUCUCAAGACCUUGAUAUAAUAUUUAUUGGAAACAUUUAUCCCAUCAAAACUUAUUUUUUCAGAAAGCCUAAAUCCAUGUUCAACCUGCUCUGGAAAUUACCUGAGCCACCAUUACUAACCUACACUGAAAUACAUUUCCAUAUGUUUCUGAUCACAGUCAUUUUUAAUUGUAUAGCCUUUACAGUUAUUUUCAAAAGGAGAUUUAAAAAUGGUAACAUGGCACUAUAAUGGCAGCCUAUAAAAUUUUACUUUUAAAGGCACGACCGGAAAUUGUCUUUACCUAUUUUGGCUAACUUGACAGAAGUUAAAUCCGUUACCUUUACACUAAAGACCCUCUCCGAUCUCCUCCGCUUUACUUCCUGGACACCCAGAGGAGGAGGAGGAGAGGAGAGGUAGUAGGAGAGAGGAGAAGAAUGGAGAGGAGGAGGAUGAAGAGGAGGAGGAGUGGGAUUCAUGUUAAAGAGGAUUAGACCUGCCUGAGCCAUCUGUGGCCCUGGACUAAUAAGCCUAGUUACAUGACAGAUAGUUAGUUAGUUCUCCUAUCAAACUCACUGACAACACGAACAAUAACAACAAUAAUCAUAUGUUUAUAUACUGCUACUUUAACAGCUUUAAUCCCAUUAAAAGAACUUGUCAACCAAAGCAGUCGCCAUUAAACCUAAUCAAAAAGUGUCCGCUAAACUCUUUAAGGUAUAUGUGUUAUUAUUUCAGAAUAGAAAAGAAUAGAAUUAAUUGUAUACGAUAUACUAUUAAUUUUCAUUUACAUUUAAUAAUGUGACACAAAAUUCAAACUAAACCAUGGCGCAACAUUCCACCGUUCCCCACGCCCAGUGCGUGUAUCUGACGUCAUCGCGUUACCAGUGGUGUACGCGUCCGUCUCCCAUGGCAACCAAGUCAUUACUCAAGGAUGGAUUCCCUUCCAGAGAGUGAGAUAGCGCAGAUAGCAAGACUCCAGAGGGAUGCUGGCGUGCAGAGGCUCAGCUGUCACUUCUCAUGGCCUGAGUUCUGUGAUGAGCGUCGGAGUUUCCAUCAGGAGUUUGUGUACGACGUCGCCAUGUUUGCCGCCGCCCGUGGCUUCCCCUGGCCUGAUGUGAUCCGGACAGCUGAGGUUGCCAAAUGCAUCUUCCCACAGCUGGACGGUCUGGAUGCACCCAAACUGCUGUCUCUGGUGAGGGAUUCCCUGUCUGAGCGUUUACCAAACCUUACCCCUGUCCACCGACACACAUUCACCCACUUCCUCACAGACGCCUGCACCGUUCGGCGGAGGCUCUUCCAGGCGGUGGUGAGCGGAGCAGCUAACAUGUCCAUUGCUCAGCUGCACUUGGAGGUGCAGCUGCCGCCCACACCCUGCCCUCUGGCACAGGGCACAGAGCUGCACGAGGGGGAGCAUCAGCGCCAGCAAGCCCAGCUCAACUCAACCCUGAGACAGAAGGAGGAGGAGCUGAGGAUUCUCCGAGAGGAGUCAAGGGUCACCCUGGGGCAUAUUCCUGAGGAUGUGCGACUGGAUGAAGAGGGAGUUGUGGAGGUGGUGCGUGCGGCCGUGAAGGCGACUGAGGGCCAGAUGCUGGCCAGUCUGAACCGAGAGGCCUCGCUGCUCAGUGACAUCCUGCAGCUCAAACUGCAGCAGGCAGCCUUGGCCACCGGGAGGCGCCACAACUCUGUUCAUUCCAGUGCCAGUCAGCUCAGUCUACACCCAGACACACCAGCAAAGGCAAAAAUACAAAGAACAAAAACUAAAACAGAAGUGAAGUAGUGUCUGGAAAUACAGUGUGAGGACAAGACCUGAGUGAAUAAAGCAAACAAUAGACUGCUGAAGUCACGGCUUUUCUAAUCUACACCUGAGAGUGAGUGCACGCAGAGGGAACAGUCCUGAAAACUAGUUUCACACAAGUAUUUAUUUAAAAAAAAAAAAAAAGUCCUUCUGAUUCUGAAAUCCUUUUGAUUUGUCAGGAAAAGCUGCAAAGAAUAGAAUUAUAAAUAACAUCAAUGUUAAAGAAAACCAAACAAUAUCCACUCUCAUUCUACACAUUUCUUUCACAGAGUAAAGUACAGCUCCUAAACUGAAUGCUCUAUUAAAAGAAAAUUACUGCUAAUGCAUUCAUUGAUUCAACAUUCAUAAAUAAUUAGCACCGAGUCUGCAGCUUCUAAACAGAAAGCAACAAUAAAAAUCAUUUCACACAUCAAAAGCAUCUAGUGCAAAGGUCAAGUUAAGGUUAGCUAGGGUUAUCAGUUUCUACAAUAACAGCACCUGAGGUAAAGCCUUUCAGUGUUUAUACUUACAGUACAUAUUGGUAAC